GAAAAAAGAGAAGGAAAAAAGAAAAGAGACGCAAGAACCUCUGUACUGAUUCGCGAUAAAUUGAAAGUCUAGUGGAAGAGAUCCAUUUCAGUCAAGAUCCACUUCCUAAUUACUGAAUUCUAUAAACCAAUCUAUUGAAAAUUAAAUUCGAUCGAGCAGAAAUGGCGCCUCCAGCUCAAUCUCAGAAAUCCUCUUCGCCCUCUCAACCCUCCGGAAAAGGGGAAGUUUCGGAUGUGAAAGUGCAGCUCCGGCAACUAGCAGGGAGCAGAGCUCCUGGAACGGACGAUUCAAAGAGGGAACUUUUCAAGAAGGUGAUCUCAUACAUGACUAUUGGGAUUGAUGUAUCAGCAGUUUUUAGCGAAAUGGUGAUGUGCUCGGCGACCUCGGAUAUAGUGCUAAAGAAGAUGUGUUAUUUAUACGUUGGGAAUUAUGCAAAGAACAAUCCAGAUCUUGCGCUUUUGACAAUUAAUUUCCUUCAAAGGGAUUGCAAGGAUGAGGAUCCUAUGAUUCGUGGUUUGGCUUUGAGGAGUCUGUGUUCACUACGUGUCGCAAAUUUGGUGGAGUACUUGGUGGGGCCUUUGGGCAAUGGGUUGAAGGAUGGAAAUAGUUACGUGCGGAUGGUUGCAUCUGUUGGGGUUCUCAAGUUAUAUCAUAUUUCGGCUUCAACUUGCAUGGAUGCUGAUUUCCCUGCUAUGCUCAAGCAUUUAAUGCUUAAUGACAAGGAUGCUCAGGUAGUUGCAAACUGUUUAACUUCUCUACAAGAGAUCUGGGGUCUGGAAGCAAGUACAUCUGAAGAAGCGGCAAGGGAGAGAGAAAUGUUGCUUAGCAAGGCAGUUAUAUACUACUUUCUAAAUAGGAUCAAAGAAUUCAGUGAAUGGGCACAAUGUAUUGUUUUGGAGUUGGUUGCUAAGUAUGUUCCCUCCGAUAGCAAUGAGAUAUUUGACGUCAUGAAUCUUCUUGAAGAUAGACUUCAACAUGCAAAUGGUGCUGUUGUUUUGGCAACCAUUAAGGUGUUUCUACAAUUGACCCUAUCAAUGACUGAUGUUCAUCAACAGGUGUAUGAACGUAUUAAAUCCCCUCUGCUCACUCUAGUGAGCUCAGGAAGUCCUGAGCAAUCAUAUGCAGUGUUAAGCCACCUACAUCUACUAGUGAUGCGUGCACCAUUUAUAUUCUCUUCAGACUACAAGCAUUUCUACUGUCAGUACAAUGAACCAUUUUAUGUCAAAAAAUUAAAGCUAGAAAUGUUGACUGCUGUGGCAAAUGAGAGCAACACAUAUGACAUAGUGACUGAACUAUGUGAAUAUGCUGCAAAUGUUGACAUCCCAAUGGCAAGAGAAUCAAUACGAGCUGUUGGCAAGAUAGCAUUGCAACAGUAUGAUGUAAAUGCCAUUGUUGAUCGGCUGCUUCAGUUUCUGGAAAUGGAAAAGGAGCAUGUGACUGCCGAAACUCUGGUUCUUGUAAAAGAUCUUCUCAGAAAAUAUCCUCAAUGGAGUCAUGACUGUAUAGCAGUUGUUGGGAAUAUCAGUAGCAAAAAUGUCCAGGAACCCAAAGCUAAGGCUGCUCUUAUUUGGAUGCUAGGGGAGUAUGCUCAAGAUAUGCAGGAUGCUCCAUACAUUUUAGAGAGUCUUAUUGAAAACUGGGAUGAGGAGCACUCUGCAGAGGUUCGUUUACAUCUACUUACAGCAAUAAUGAAGUGUUUCUUAAGAAGGCCACCAGAGACUCAGAAGGCCCUGGGAGCUGCUUUAGCUGCUGGUCUGGCUGAUUUUCAUCAGGAUGUUCACGAUAGGGCCUUGUUCUACUAUAGGCUUUUAAAGUACGAUGUAUCUGUAGCUGAACGAGUCGUAAAUCCUCCAAAGCAAGCUGUUUCAGUCUUUGCAGAUACUCAAAGUAGUGAAGUCAAAGAUCGUAUCUUUGAUGAAUUCAACAGUCUCUCUGUUGUAUAUCAGAAGCCGUCAUACAUGUUCACUGAUAAGGAGCAUAGAGGGCCAUUUGCAUUCUCUGAAGAACUUGGCAAUCUAUCUAUUGACACAGAUUUGGCUAAUGAUGUAGUUCCUGCUCAGAGGGUCGAGGAAAAUGACAAGGAUUUGCUGUUGAGUACUUCAGAGAAGGAAGAAAAUCAUGGUUCUAUUAACAACAGUUCUGCAUAUGAUGCUCCUUCUUAUGAUGGUUCGAGAAUGGUAGGUGCUUUACAGCCUCAACAAGACCUUGUAUCAUUAGACCAACCACCUCCAGCAAAUACGCCUGCCAGCUUGGCAAUGGAUGACCUAUUUGGCCUAGGAUUGCCAGUUGCGCCUAGUCCCACUCCUCCGCCUCCAGCUCUGAAGCUAAAUGCUAAAGCUGUUCUAGAUCCCAACAGUUUCCAGCAGAAGUGGCGCCAACUCCCAGUAGCUGCAUCCCAGGAAAUAUCCUUGAACCCACAAGGAGUAUCAGCUUUGUCAAGUCCUCAGGUUCUUCUUAGGCAUAUGCAAGGUCAUUCCAUCCAAUGCAUUGCUUCAGGUGGUCAAGCCCCGAACUUCAAGUUCUUUUUCUUCGCACAAAAAGAGGACGAGCCUUCUACUUAUCUUGUGGAGUGUGUGAUUAAUUCAGCAGCAUGUAAAGCGCAAUUAAAGAUCAAAGCCGAUGACCAGAGCACAACACAGGCCUUCUCAACAUUAUUUCAAUCAGUUUUAUCCGAAUUCGGUUUGCCUUAGGCAUGUAUUAAUAUGUGAUAUUGGUUUUUGCGGGACAGGAAAUAGUUGCAGCCUAUGAAUAUCAUUCCCUUUUGUGUAGGGAUCAAAGUUGGAGAAAAAUGUUACCGAAAAAACUUGCAAACUAAGAGCGCUGCGUAAAAACAUGUGAAUGUGCUACAUGCUGUGACGAUGAGUUAUUUGUUUUCUGUUCAGCCUUCUUCAGUUAACGGUACCUUGGAGAUAGAAAGCGAAUUUUCACAGAUGAGAUACUUUGUUGAAUUAUUUAAGGGAUAUUUAGCGUUUUUUCUUAUGGAAGUUUCUUCUUUUAACUCGCUGUGAUGGUUCUAUCAUGCUUUAUGUGGAAUUUCAUAUGCUAGUUAGCUAGCAAAGUUGUGACUGAUAUAUGGAAUGGGAAAUAAGUUAAAAC